CUUCUCUCGUCAGCGGCGGCGGCCAGGCAGAAGUGGCGAAGCCUGAAAGUGAGCUCUACGAAAGAGAGAGAGGCCAAACCAAGAAAAGCCAGGAGCAGGGACCCGACCAAUAUCUCCACCAGCAGUCCAGGACCUUGGUUUCGUUCCCUGCUUCCCUCAUUGGGUGGGGGUGUUGCGGUCGCUGGUGCCAGAAAGUACCAGGCAAAGUUGCAAUCUUUGGGGAGUUUGUUGAGGAGUCGCAUAGAGUUUGGUGAAGCAAAGGUUUCCGGGAUUCGUCAAGAACGAGGCAUCGCAAUCUGAAGCCUUCUCCCGGUUCAAUCUAGUCUCCCAUCGGAUUCGGCCAUGGAGCGGCAAUCCAGCAUCCGGUUGGGCGCGCUGGAGAAGCUCAAGAGCUUCCGGGGGAUGGAGAAGCAGAAGAGCUUCCGGGGGAUCAUGUCCCUGGAGCGGCGGAGCAGGGACAGCCCAGGGAAGCGCGGCGACACGCCGCUCCACCUCGUGGCGAGGUCCGGGAGCGUGGCCCACGCCCAGAGGAUCCUCGCGGACCUCGACCGGGCGCUGGUCGCCGAGAUGGCGGCCAAGCAGAACCAGGACGGCGAGACGCCGCUGUACGUCGCCGCCGAGAAGGGCCACGCCGAGGUCGUGCGCGAGAUCCUCAAGGUCUCUGAUGUGCAGACGGCCGGGAUCAAGGCAAGCAACAGCUUCGAUGCGUUCCACAUCGCCGCGAAGCAAGGCCAUCUUGAAGUUCUGAAGGAGAUGCUGCAGGCUUUUCCUGCUCUUGCCAUGACAACAAAUUCUGUAAAUGCUACAGCUCUGGACACUGCUGCAAUUCAGGGCCAUGUUGAUAUUGUCAAUCUUCUACUGGAAACGGAUGCUAGCCUCGCCAGAAUUGCGAGAAAUAAUGGGAAAACAGUUUUGCAUUCAGCAGCAAGAAUGGGCCAUGUGGAAGUUGUAAGAUCAUUGUUGAAUAAGGAUCCCAGCAUUGGUUUAAGGACUGACAAGAAGGGGCAAACAGCACUGCAUAUGGCUUCGAAAGGACAAAAUGCUGAUAUCGUGGUUGAGUUGUUGAAACCUGAUAUCUCAGUUGUCCAUGUUGAAGACAAACAGGGGAACCGACCUUUGCAUGUUGCUACUCGCAAGGGGAAUAUCAUUAUAGUGCAGACUCUACUAUCAGUUGAGGGGAUUGACGUGAAUGCAGUUAAUAGAUCUGGAGAGACUGCAUUUGCCAUUGCUGAGAAAAUGAACAAUGACGAACUUGUUAACAUCCUUAAGGAGGCUGGUGGAGUAAUUGCAAAAGAGCCAGUACAUCCUCCAAAUUCAACAAAGCAACUCAAGCAAACAGUCAGUGAUAUCAGACAUGAUGUCCAGUCCCAGAUCAAACAAACACGCCAGACCAAGAUGCAAGUCCAUAAGAUCAAGAAGAGACUCGAAAAGCUCCAUAUUGGUGGGCUAAACAACGCCAUCAACUCAAACACUGUCGUCGCAGUGCUUAUCGCCACUGUCGCCUUUGCUGCAAUAUUCACCGUCCCAGGAAAUUUUGUAGAGGAUCUUAGCCAAGCACCUCCAGACAUGUCCCUGGGACAGGCAUAUGUUGCAAGCAACCCGGCGUUCAUAGUCUUCCUGGUCUUCGAUGCCCUGGCUCUCUUCAUCUCACUCGCCGUCGUCGUGGUUCAGACCUCGCUGAUCGUGGUGGAGCAGAAGGCCAAGAAACGUAUGGUGUUCGUGAUGAACAAGCUGAUGUGGCUGGCGUGCCUCUUCAUCUCGGUGGCCUUCAUCGCGCUGACCUAUGUCGUGGUGGGGCGCGAUGACUGGUGGCUGGCCUGGUGCACCAUGGCGAUUGGCACUGUGAUCAUGCUCACCACCCUUGGCUCCAUGUGCUACUGCAUCAUCGCCCACAGAUUGGAGGAGAAGAACACAAGGAAGAUCAGGAAGGCAUCCGCGAGCCAAUCCCGAGGUUCAUGGUCCCGGUCAGUCGACUCGGAUGAAGAGAUACUUAACAGCGAAUACAAGACGAAGAUGUACGCGCUGUAGGAUAACAAUUACAUGAUGAUGGAUUCGUUGUACAUAACUGUGCUGUUUUACCUGAUGAUACCGGGCAGCAUUCUCCGGGAUAGAACUGAAGCUCAGGAUGAUGGAGCGGCUGGAGCAUGGUAUAUGUGUUUAGCUGAAGGUACCUCAGUGCCAACACGAGGGCAUUACCUUUCAGCUGACUUUGGCUGCCUAUUGCAUCUGCUCCUGGGUGGAAAUCUGCUGAAGCUGUGUAGCUCGCUUGCACCUGAAACAGUCAAUGAUGAUGGAGGUAAUUCAGUUAGAGUAGAAUAAGAGUUCAGUACCAAAGUGUAAUGGUCAUGCAUUCUGAUCUUGUGCACGAUGAUGUAAUGGGUUGCAUUCAUCGAUUGGCUGAACCCUUCUGGGCUGGUUGUUUGCUGCUAGGGGGCCUUGGGGCCUGGGGCCUGUACCUGUAGGUGACACAGGGUCUAUGUAUUGAUGACAUGAAAGUGAUCAGUGAUCGAUCACACGGAAGUUUUCCAGGACUUGGCUCUUCGUCACGACUAGCCUAGACGAUGAUCCUGUAAUUUGUCGACCGCAAGAAUUAAAUGUGUAAGCGCGAAUUUGCUGCAGUUUGGUCA